UCGCUUUCGUUCACUCGUGACGCGUAUUUUUUUCUCUAUUCUCUAUCAGCCCUCUUUGUUCGACAUACGCUGCUUUCAAUUAGUCCGUCUCUGUUUCUGUCGUUUUAAAAGUUUGGCUGCCACCCCGUUGCCUGCCUCCUUCCUUUUCUAACCUUUAUUGUAAGAGGACAAAUCGCACCGUGCUAUUUAAAAACUACCCUCCUUUACGGGAGCGGGGGUGAGAGUGUUAAUAUCUACGUUCACAGAAAAACUGUACCGACAGUCGAACUUUGGGAAUGUCGAGUGACGUGUCUAAAGACGUUUAGUUCGAGAAGGUCGCGCGACUUGAGAAGUUCGGAAAUUCGUCUGAUUUCGUUCAGUUUGUUCGAAUACUAAUCUUUAGUUUGUUAAUGAUUUGAUCCAAUGCAUUUACCAAAUAAUAACAAUACGGUGUUCUCAAAGAUGUCGGAUGUUUACAACAAUUAUUUGGACACUUUGCAAGAGUACCACGGUGAACUGGUACAAACAGGAAGUCCAGCAGUGCUUUGUAGCGCACUACCGAACCACUGGCGAUCGAAUAAGAGUCUCCCAAUUGCGUUCAAAGUCGUGGCAUUGGAUGAAGUUCCUGACGGUACGUUAGUCACGUUAAAGGCGGGAAAUGACGAGAAUUAUUGUGCAGAACUUCGAAACGGAUCUGCUGUGAUGAAGAACCAAGUAGCCAAGUUUAACGAUUUACGAUUUGUGGGGCGAAGCGGACGAGGUAAAUCUUUCACGCUGACCAUAACCAUAAGUGCAGCACCUUGUUAUCAAAUUGCUACGUAUAGUAAGGCAAUUAAAGUGACAGUCGACGGCCCAAGAGAACCUCGGACCAAAUCGAAUUUCCAAUUUGGUUAUGGAUUACCAGGUCUUCCUGGUUUUAAUCAUUUCCUCUUCAAUCCAGGAUGGUUCGACGGCAUGUAUGGAUCUUACGGACUUCAAGACUUCCUUCGCCAUCGAACUAACCCUAUUAUAUCUCCUAACGAGUUGCAUACACCUCUCGGGAAAGGGCCCGAUUUGUACGUUCUACAUCCGCCAGCUGGGUAUCAAGCCCCUAAUUUUGUCACACCAGUGCCGUCUGCGGACUUAAACCCCGCCGAUAUAGCCAAAAUUCCCUCUUUAGAAGAUAUUCGAGGGAGAUCUUUUUCCUCUAAUCCAUUGAACCAACUCACACUACGACUAUCGCCGCAAUCUAGUUUGAGUGAGAAGUCUUCUCGGUCGGUACCUCAAGAAAGGAAAAUUCACUCCACAGUCGAUCAAUCCUCUUCUGAUCAGUCGGAUGACGAGGAUAUUGACGUUGUGAAAUCGGCGUUUGUACCAAUCAAGCCUGCAAGCGUCUCACUUCAGGAGACUCAACAUCCUGACUCGACUGUCCAAGAGGAACCUGUAAGACUGAGAAACGAACUUAAAGCUCCCAGUUCUAGGAACAUUAAAAAUUUGUCUCGUAGUCCCAGUACAAAAAUACACGACGAUAAAUCGGGUAAUAGACCGGUUUGGCGACCGUAUUAGUAGGAAAUACAAGUGAUAAAAAUAAUAUUAGUGACGACUUAAACUACCAGACUUAAGAAAAUUACACAUUUGUCCAUACAUAUCUAAGUUUUUGAUUUAUUCGAAACUUAGAUUUAAUUGUUUUAAUUUUGUUGUUGAUAUUAAUUUAUUUAUUUGUAAUUGUUGUUAUAAUUCUGUAUAUUAUGUAAAUAGUAAGUUUUAAUUGUGUUAUAUAUUUUAAAAAGUUUAAAAUUAUGACUGUACUGGAAUUGUGAUAGGAGCUGUAAUUAGGUAUUUUUGUACAAUGCCGAAUAGUGGUUUAAUUAUCUAGUAGUCAAAUUAAGCAUGGGCGUAAGUAAUACGACGUAAAAUGCACUAAAUCUUUAUGUAGAAAUAUUUUUGCAAAAAAAAACGAUUGUGUGCAUAAAAAUUACUAAAUAUCAUCUAAUAAAGAAAAUGAGAUACAUAA